CAAGCAGUUUCUUUUGUGGCGCGAGUUACGUCGCACGUAUCAAAAAAAGUACGGAGUGUGUUUGUGUGUUCUCUCUUUUUUUGCAUCUGACUGCUGGUUACGGAUGUUAUAGUAAUAUAGCCUGCGUGUCGUCAGCUGAUGGCGAGUGUGCUACUAAAAUUUUUUAUAAGGAGCACGUAGUCUUACUCGACGUGGGUGCAACCUAAAACGACUAUUUAUCGAUGAACAAUAAUAACUGUUUUUGUACGUCUGAAUAGGGACGAAAAAGGAUUAAACGUUUGGUAUACGGUGUUUCGGAAAACGUGAAGUGAUUUGGAUAAAAUAGAUCUUAUGAAUUGGGAAAGAUAUCUCUUGUGCGGAUGAAAUAGUAUUUCCGUUUCUCCGAUUUAUAUAUUGUUUUUUUGUGUGUGACACCGAAACGUGAUAUCAGUGAAAGUAAAAUAAUUUUUUGGUGUUACGAAAAUAUUAAAAAAAAUUUUUAAAAAAAUGAUGCCAUAUCAAGCGGUAGCAAUGGACUACACAGGCUAUCAGAGACAAGGACCUGGAGUAGCCGGUGGUCAUAUGGGAAUGGGCGCAUUGGGGAUGAGUGUUGGCGGAUCACCAUUCACACAUUCAUGGUUGGUUCCAACUCAGGAACUGUGUGCAGUACCCUACAAACAAUUGCCUAACCAACAUCAAAAUACAACGAUGCAUUCGCAGCAGUCACUUGAACCUGGAUUAUGGUGCGGAGCAGGUGGAGAGGGCAUUCUUGAAUUGAGAAAGGAAAAAUCACGUGACGCAGCCCGGUCAAGACGGGGCAAAGAAAACUAUGAAUUCUAUGAAUUAGCCAAAAUGUUGCCAUUACCGGCAGCCAUAACAAGUCAACUAGAUAAAGCAUCGAUUAUAAGACUGACUAUCAGUUACCUAAAAUUAAGAGACUUUUCGGGACAUGGUGAUCCACAAUGGGGACGUGACGGGUCCACGGGCAGCAAAGUCUUAAAAUCCACAAGACGAACACCCGCCGGAGUAGCUUUAGACUUAUUCGAACAGCAUCAAGGAACACACAUAUUACAGUCUUUGGAUGGUUUUGCAUUAGCCGUAGCUGCCGACGGACGAUUUUUAUAUAUUUCUGAAACCGUGUCAAUAUAUUUAGGACUAUCACAGGUCGAAAUGACUGGAAGUAGCAUAUUCGAUUAUAUUCAUCAUCAAGACCAUUCCGAAGUUGCUGAACAUUUAGGAUUAAGUUUAUCGAAUGGCCAAGGAUUGGCAUCGCCGUCUUCCGGUGCGUCGGAUGAAGGUGGAGGAAAUCAUGGAACAAAUAAUCCAGAUGUUUCGGCUUCCAUGUCAUUAACUACGAGCAGCUAUAAAGGAUUCGAACGAGCUUUCUGUGUUAGAAUGAAGUCAACGUUGACGAAGCGAGGUUGUCACUUUAAGUCAUCGGGUUACAGGGGAAGCGAGGAUAGCGACAAAACAAUGCUCAACGGUGGCAAAAUUGGUAAAUCGUCAGCCAAUCACUAUUCGGUGGUUUUAAUGUUAUGCCGUUUACGUCCGCAAUACACCUUUUCGCACACACGCAAGUCACAGCCGCCCCUUCUCGGCAUGGUUGCUCUGGCAAUUGCUCUACCUCCUCCGUCUGUUCAUGAGAUCCGUUUGGAAUGUGACAUGUUUGUGACUAGAAUUAAUUUUAAUUUUACCAUCGCUCAUUGCGAGCCCAAAGUAACAGAGCUUUUAGAUUAUACACCCGAAGAGUUGACUGGCAGGAACAUAUACAAUUUGUGCCAUGGAGAAGAUGCUGACAAGUUGAGGCGAAGUCACUUAGAUUUAAUCAACAAAGGACAAGUCUUGACUCAUUAUUACCGAUUUAUGAACAAAUUGGGUGGAUUCACUUGGCUGCAGACUUGCGCUACUGUUGUAUGCAAUUCCAAAAAUGCCGACGAACAAAACAUUAUCUGUGUCAACUAUGUGGUGAGCAAUCGGGAAAAUGCAAAUCUUAUACUCGACUGUAUUCAACUGGAGAAUGGACUGGAUACCAUAAAAAACGAAGAGAUAAAUGUCGAUAAUGGUGCCGGAUCGCCGGGCAGUGAUCCGUCAAAUGACGGAGCACAUGGUUCGUCGGGUCAUGUUAGCGAUGCACAAAAGUCUCCGAAAUCAGAAACUCCCGAGCCGGGAACAAGAGCAAGAAAUUUAUCCAGUGCUGCCAAUUCGUCGAAUAACAGCACCUCGUUGUCCAUUGACACCACAAAUACGACUAUUCCGGAAGAAAAUAUUAUCACUGCUCCGAUUAGCCAUACGGUCAGGAAACCGCACAAACGAAAGCUUAAAGCGGAGGUGGAGGAUGUUACAAUUGACUGUCCGCCGAAAAUUCCUUUAGCUGCAUUAGGAUUAACACAGGAAGUUGCUGUUCACGUGCCCAGACUAACCAACAUCGAUGAGCAUACCGAGAGUUCUGUUAAAGAUUUGGAAAAUGCCAUGUCAAAGCAUCUUCCAUCGCCGGUGAAUCAUAAUAACAACAAUACGACAACUGACUUUAGCACAGACGCUCUAUUGAAACAGCAGCAGGAAAAGAGUAGCACAAUACAGUGGAUAGGAAACCAUCAUCACAAUCCAUUCCAUCAGCAAAAUGCACCGAUGCCAGCUACUGCUCUUUUACGGCAACUAUACGCCAAUCGAGAGAGUGUCAUCCGAGCAACAGCUAGACAAAGUUCCAAUGGUGUGUUUUAUUCGGACGGAUCUCAAUCGGGUCCACUGCCAACACCGCCAGGAAGCGAAUCGUCAUUCGAUAAUCAAUUUCUUCUCCACGGCCACAAUCAAAAGUCCGGUGAUGCAUUCACCAAUCUCGUAUCAACGUACGGCGGCUACCCCACAUCAAUGGACUAUCACAAUGCCAUGACACCGCCGAGUAGCGUUUCGCCGCGUGAACCAUCGAACACGUCCAACACCAACAAACAAUCGGGUAUGCAUCCAUCGGCCAACAGUUACGAUUUUUCCGAUUCACUACGCAGUCAGUAUCCGAGUAGUGUGGCGACGGAUGCGCCAACGUUACCAUUGAAACCGCAACCGUAUUCGGCGGCCGCUGCAAUGCACCAUGCCGCCAAUUCGAUAGAGGCUUACGGAAGUAUUGAUCAAUCGCAGUAUUUUUCACAUCAUUCCGGUUUUCAUUUGUACCAUAAGGGAACACCGUCGGCCGGUUGGUAUACAACACCGUCAUAGAUAUGUUGAUUGUUUCGAUCUUUUUUAUUUUCUUCGUUUCGUUGAAGUUUAAAUUUUACAUUGGAAAAGAUUUUGGAGCUUUGUGCUUUGUUGUAAAUUAUAUCGUGUUUCAAGCCCGGUGCUCUUUACUCCCGAAGGUCCACUUGUUGUGUCGGAUGAUACCACUAAAUUCGUUUGAUAUUAUUUCUCAAAUUCGCAAUCGCAAACAGUCUGGGACCGACGGUACAGAGAAUAG